AUGUCGGAGCGGGCGCCGAUGGUCGACGGGUGCGUGUUCUGCGACAUCGCCCGCCGCGCCCCCACCUCCACCACCGCUCUCCUCUACUCCGUUCCGUACCGCUGUCCCCAUGAUGACAAGGUCGUGGCGUUCCGCGACAUCAACCCGUCGGCGUUCAGGCACUAUCUUGUCAUACCCAUUGAUCAUAUACCAACUGUAAAUAGCCUCCACAAAACCAAAGAUGAUCACCAGUUAGUCAGCCAUAUGGUGAAGGUGGGGAAAGACUUGCUCAAUCAAGAUGCUCCCAAUUCUGAGGAACACAGGUUUGGGUUCCAUCAGCCCCCAUUUAAUAGUGUCGAUCACCUUCAUCUUCAUUGCCUGGCACUGCCAUUUAUGCCCAGGUAA